AUGGCCUGCCAAAACGUGGGCUCUACGAAUCCUGAUAUUGCGGGUUUGGGGAUUGUCAUUGCGUUUGCUUCCCAAGCAGGGCUCUCCCUCGUUCUCUCUUUUUGGUCCCUAUCAUUAUGGGGAUCCGCGCGCUCAUCUUGGAUGACUGACAUUGGACCUUUACUCCUCAAAGGUCAUUCUUCUCCCUUUGAACUAAUAGAGCAACUACAACAGGCCGUUUCAAGAAGGUCGCCAGAAAGCAAAACAAGGCGCCUUCUUGAGAUUCUUGUGCCCGAACUAAAAGGACAACCUUUAGAAAACCACCCCUUGUUAUUUGACCUGAAAGACCUAGUACAACAGGUCGUUUUAAGAAGGUUGCCAGAAAGCAAAGCAAGGCGUCUUCUUGAGAUUCUUAUGCCCUUGCUAAAAGGAAACCAAGACGACGAUGCGAUAAGCCCAUCUUUCUGGGUAGAAGGCGUACGUUGGGCAUCCAAGAAGAGAGCCAUAGACAAGGUGCUCGCAACCAUCAGCGAUGUGCAGAUAAUGAAUGUAUAUGAGACAGUCAGCUUCACAAGAAGCGGUACUACUUUUCAUUUCCUCGCUCAACAUUUCUCCCGAUCUUCUACAACAGGCCUACUCCCAACAACUAGCGAUACGAGUUUGAGACCAUCUUCAUCCUCCGCCUCCCCGAUAUCUAAUAACAGAUUCUGGGCCAUAUUAUCUCUGGUGAUAUGUGCCAUGAAGUGGUUGCAAGUUCCUGCCAUAUACCUUGGUCUGAAAGUUUUCAGCUUGCUUGCUAUCUACUUCACUGUCUUGGGUCAUGAGAAACCAGAGUACCGGGUGUGGGCUAUCGUCCCUCUGGCUAUGGCACAAUACCCUCUUCACUUGUACAUGACCAUCGCCCUCAGAGCUGGAAACGAGAGUCUUCUCAGCGGGGACUCUGAGAACGCGUGGGGCUUUGGACAGAUUGUGGCACUUAUACUCUAUGCCGCGACGUUGCUGGAAUGUAUUAAAGGAUUUUCCGAGUAUCGAAAGAUUGUCCAGUUGCAAAGCGACCUUGAAGAGAGCGAAGUUCUUCAGAAUUGCUGA